AUGUUUACAGCUCCACGGUUCGACUUUCUGAUCGUGUACAAGAGGGGCACCGAGAUGCAUUUGGCCGACGCUCUGUCCUGGGCCCCCGGUCCUCCUGUGACAGGCUCAUCAAAAUCUUUUGUUGAAUAUGGAGAUAUUGCAACAGGAAAUUCCAAAAAUGCCAUUAAGUGUCUCCGUGGUCCUAAGUCUUGUUUGUGGCCUCGUUCAAGAGAUGGAAAUGUUUAUAUACCAUACACACUUGAUACUUACUUCACCAAGGAGCAUCAAAAGAUUAUAUACAAUGCCAUGCAGGAGUUUGAUGAUCUCACGUGCAUAAAGUUCGUAUAUAGACGGCAUCAAAUAAACUAUAUUAAAAUUAUCGCAGGAGACGGCUGCUGGUCAAAUAUAGGAUAUAAUGGACGAAUACAGGUUACUUCACUCCAAAGAUAUGGUUGUACAAUUCGAGGGAUAAUACAACAUGAGUUAUUACAUACUAUUGGUUUUAAUCACGAGCAAAAUAGAAGUGACCGUGAUACAUACGUGACCAUCCUACUUGAUAAGGUUAUCGAAGAAGCAAGAUACAAUUUUAUCAAAUUGAACACCAAUAACCUGGGAAUGCCAUACGAUUAUAAUUCAGUCAUGCAUUACGGCAGAUAUGCUUUUUCUAAAGAUGGCCAGAGCAGCACCAUUGUGCCCAAACCAGAUCCACAAACAACUAUUGGACAACGUUUUGGAAUGUCCACUCUAGAUAUUAAUAAGGUUAACAAGCUGUAUCAUUGCAGUAAGUUAAUUUAUGAUGGUGACAAUUCAUUGUCACAUGUCCUUGAUGGACCAAAUUGUGGUGCAGAGAAUCCAGCAGUAAUAUCAUCUGGAGCAGCUUUAUUAGUUGAAUUUUUCACUUCACGUUCACAGAGGGCGCAAGGUUUCAGUGCCAAUUUUCAGUUUGGUAAUACUCUCAUCCAUACUUGCCCGGCCAUCCACAGCGCAGCGCCCAGCCCCGUCCACAGCCCAGCCGCUCAACAAGAAGUACGCUCGCGCCUCAGCUCCCGCAGCGCAGCGCCCAGCCCCGCCAACAGCCCAGCCGCUGAACACGAAGCACGCUCGCGCCUGGGCUCGGGUUUCCCGACAGAACCCGAAAUAACCUGA